AUGGACAGCCCGACGCUGGUGCGCGUCGAGCGGGCUCGGCUGCGCCAGGAAGCGGACGGUAGCGGGCGGACCAGCAGCCAGCAGCAGCAGCAUCGGGAAGACAGUCUCGAGCGCUGUCUGCUCGAUCCCAAGCCAAAGCCAACAGGGCAAAUUAAAACGCCGAGUGACGAAACCAUCGAACCGAUAAUGGCAAAAGUCCCAAUCACAGCACCACCACCGCAAGGAGAACUGGACUGGAUACAAGUGCACCAACAGUUGGCCGAUUUUCACGCAGAAACUCCAAAGGAAAAGAUGGCUCGCAAGGUUAAGGAAAACCCUUUGGUGCCUGUGGGCUGCGCGGCCACACUGACGGCACUCGGUUUCGGGCUCUGGAACUUCCGGAAGGGUCGGUCAGCCAUGUCGCAGUACAUGAUGCGCGCUCGUAUUCUGGCCCAAGGAUUCACGGUUGUCGCACUGAUCGUGGGCGCUGGCAUGACCUAUGCCAACAAACGAGUGUCGAAGAAGUGA